UAAAUCAAACGACUGAGAACUACUAUUUUAUUUAAAACCGUUGCCAUUGGAGCACAAAAAUUUGAUUUGUUGCCUUAGAUACAGUUAGACCCCUUGCUAAAUUUUAAGUGAUUUUAAAUCAAUAAUCGGGUCACCAUGAGUAUGAUACAAGAUGAGACCAAGGCCAGCGUAAUCAGCGUGGUUAAGCCGCCACCGAGUUGGGUGGAAUGGUGCGAGCGGAAUGCGAAGCCGAUCGAACGUCGUCUCAUCCAGGAGAGGCGCUACCUUACCAGAUGGCAGAUUCCCGGACCAAUGAAGAAGGCGCAGUGGAGGGAGUUCUACGAGUGGGCAGCCUCCAGAGCCAUGCCAAAGGAACUACCAGUGCCGGUCAAACAGCCCAUACCCUGUGUUGCCAAGUUCUUGCCAUGCGCCAGAAAGCCACGCGCAAUCGAUCCGGACGAAUUUCAGGAGAAGGUCGCCAAGUUGGCCACGCCACUGGAGCGGAAAAUGACCCCGAAGCAUCAGUACAUCUAUCCGGUCCAACCCUACUCCCCAAUAAUUGUCUGGGGUCAGCCGCCACUCCAUGACAAAGGACGACCUUUUAAGCCCCCUAAUAAGCCCUGCUGCUUCUUCAAUGCCGACAUCGAGGACAAAUGGUGGGCCGAGCUGCGCUUUCCCAUCCGCAAGGCUGCUCUCAAAGCCAGGAUAACUCCGCGCAUCCUUAGCCUGUCGAAACCAAAGAUCACGCCUCAGUUCCCACCGCAUUGCUAUCAUCCGGACCAUAUCUACGACGUGCUUAAUGUCAAGCCGCCACGGAGGAAGAAGUUCACUCCCCAGGGAUGGCGUCUCCACCAGAUCAGAUUGCUAUAUCUUUCGAAGCCUGUGUCCCGGCCCGAAUACGAGUAUUUUUAUAUCUAAUAGCGUGGCAUAUAGCGUCCAUAAUGUUUUUGAUCUAAAGUUUAUGUUUGGUGUAAUCUGUUUUCCAAAUUCAAUAUUUUCAAAGUUAAUAUUUUUUUGAAUAA